AUGAGGCUUUUGGAUCUAGACUCUGAGCUGAUCCUCUCCUUUUGGCCCCCCAACAGGAUCGUUGCGGGUCUGCUUGUGUCCAAGAAGAUCCACAGAGCUCUCAUCUCCUCUAGACAUGUGGUGCUGCGGAUGAGACGGGGGGUCGACAUUCCCCCGUUCCCUGGGUCGUUCACGCAGUUCAAAGGCACUUGCGACAUCGUAGCACCUCGAUGUGCCUUCUGCUCGCCGGUCUCGGCGCUCUCAGAUGCUGGCAGGGACGGAUGGAACCUGGUGAAGUCGCUGGACCUGGAAGGAAACUACAUCGGGACGACAGGUGUGAAGGACCUUUCUUGCCUGCUCUCUUCCUGCGUCUUUCUGGAGACUCUGAACCUCAACGAGAACGCCAUCGGGUCAGGUGGCGCAAAGAUCCUUGCUGAGAUCCUGCCCAACUUGUCACGGCUGGUUGAGUUGCGCAUGCAGUCAAACUACAUCCAUGACGAGGGACUGAUUGUCUUGACCAGCGCUCUUGACAGAUGUAACAACCUGACGCUCUUGGAUCUCGCCGACAACGACCUCGGACCUGUCGGCAUGGAGUUUCUUUCGAGCAAGCUGGCGGAGAAUUCUUCCCUGACCCAUCUGGACCUGUCGAACAAUGCGAUAGGUGACGAGGGAGCUACGAGGCUAGCGGCAAAUCUCUUCGUGUCCACCAAGUUGAGCAUCAAGGCUCUUUCUUUGCGCGGUAACGGUAUCACGAGCGAAGGAGCCGCUAGGCUUGCCGCUGCCCUGCCACCUCUGGGCCAGCUGGACUUGGGCAAGAACUCGAUAGGGGCAGAGGGGGCAGGGCUGAUCGCCUCCUCCAUUCGCAUGUGGCCUGCGAUCUCCUCCCUCGACUUGUCUGCCAACUUGCUCGGAGAAGAAGGUCUGAGCCUCAUCGUCAGCGUGCUGCCCCAGUGCAGCCAGCUGCAGGAACUUGAUCUAAGUUGUAACAGCUUUGGGGAUCAUACUGCAAGUUUGCUCGCAUCGGUCAUUCCGCACUGCGCCUGCCUAUCUAAGGUCUCGCUCUCCAAUACGUUGAUUGGCUCGGAGGGGACGGGAUUCCUUGCUUCGUCUUUGCCGCACUAUUCUGUCUUGAGGGAAUUGCGAUUGAACGACAACCAGAUUGGAUGUGAAGGAAUCUACCUCCUCGCUUCCACGUUGCCACAGUGCGGUCGGCUGGUAUCGUUGGACCUUUCGAAGAAUCAGAUUGCGCUGGGUUGGAACGACAUCAGCGAUGAAGGCAUUGGGUUCCUGUCUGCAGUCCUUGCCAGUUGUCUCAGGCUGAAGAGCUUGUCACUGGAGUGCAAUCACAUAGAGGAGGAGGGAUGCAGCCUACUGGCUGUUUCAUUGCCGUCCUGCUCCAACCUCAAUACUUUGAAUCUCUCUUCGAACGAUCUUGAAAGCAACGGCGUCAUCGUUCUCGCCGACGUUCUCAGCAAGUGUGAGAGCCUUACCCACUUGAGCCUCUCCAACUGUAAAAUCGGCUCCAAGGGAGCUACUGGACUCGCCCACACCCUCCCCCGCUGUAAAGUUUCGUUCCUCGACCUGCAAGAGAACAAGAUCGGCGUCGCUGGUGCUGCAACGUUCGCGUCAGUCUUGCCCAGGUGCUCCCACCUGUCGCAUUUCAGGGUGGGCAGAAACAAUCUUGGCGAUGAAGGGGAGAGCUUCCUGCUGGGAGCUGUAAAGUACUCCCCCUCCAUCUCCUCUCUCUCGCUCAGUGUCGACUUGAACCUCACCAGCGACUUCUUGGAGAGAGCAUGA